AUGCUGAGCCCUUGGCACGCGCUACGGCCUCUACCGGUGAGCCCGAGGAGCCGCGCCCCAGACCCUCCGCAGCCCGCCACGGCCCCGCGCUGGCACCGCAAGCCGGAGACCCCGAGGAGGCGCUCCCCGACCCGCAGGACGCCCCGGCCCAGCACCUCAGGUGCCACUGUCACUCGGCGUGUUGGGCACUUCACCUGGCUCCGAGAGAUCCGAAAGCUACAGAAGAGCACAGACCUCUUGCUGAGGAAGGCGCCCUUCAGCCGCGUGGCCGCGGAAGCAUUUUUAGUUCACCUCUUCGAAGAUGCCUACCUCCUCUCCUUACACGCUGGCCGAGUCACUUUGUUCCCCAAGGAUGUGCAGCUGGCCAGGAGGAUCCGCGGCAUUCAGGAAGGACUCGGCUGAGGGGUGGCUGCAUCUC